CCCGAUCCUCUUUUGCGCCGCCCCCUUCUUCUCAGAUCCCCUUGGUCUGCGGGACGCCGCUCCUUCCUCUCCCCGUAUCUCUUCGGACCCCGGGACUCCCACAGCCCCCUCCCCUCAUCCCUGCGGGCCCCGGCACCGCCCCCCCAUCCCCUUGAUCUUCCGGACCCCGCGCCGCGCCUUCCCCGGAUCCCCUCUGCUGGGGCCCCGCCCCGCCCCCACGCGGUCCGCCGGACGGGCUCGCGCCGCGCAGCGCCCCUCCACCCCCGCCCCCGCCCCCGCUCCCGCCUCUGCGGCUGCGCGCUCGCGGGGCCGAGGCCGAGGGGAGGGGGUCGCGCAGGGGGCCGGCUGAACUGCUGUGGCGGCAGCGAGAAAAAGAGCGAGCCCAGUGGCCGCGGGCAGGCCCGGAGGCAACGGAGGAAGCCGUCAUGUCGCGCUACACGAGGCCCCCCAACACCUCCCUGUUCGUCAGGAACGUCGCGGACGCCACCAGAAAAUCUAAAGCAGUCCACAGUAGCUGGCAAGCACCCCCCAGUUUGAACCAACCUGUUAGCUAGAAUCCAAGCAUAAACCGAGCAGGCGAGAAAAAAGGCACCUAAAGUUCAAGCAUCAAGGAGUAAAGAGGGAGGGUGGACACAGAUAUAAAGACCUGGAAGAGGGGAAGUCUUUAUCAAGCAAAAGACAAAGCCAACACCAGGUUGAGACUUCGGCUUUCCUACAUUUAUUCAAAGUUCCAGAGUCAAAGCCAAGUCUGAUUUUGUUGGUUCUUCGUCUCUUAUAAAGUCCAUCUUGCAAGCCUUAAAGAGUAAAGGUCAAGGUUCAAGAUCAAGUGACAUUGAGGUAAUUGCCAAAGUCUCAUUUUGUAUUGCAUUUCUUGAGCUUUUUCUGUUUUCUAUUUAAAAAAAAAAAAAAAUUGAACAGUGAACAACCUCCUGAAAGACAGCUAUUUAGUCAUUUUAUACAGUUUAUUUCCAUUUUAGUUAGGUUUAAUAUAUAAUUUAUGUAGAUAAGGAAGUUUUAGUGGGAUAUUACAAACCAGUAUAUGUAAUUCCAGAUGUUCACAGAUUGCUUUUGUGUUUCUUUUAUAAUUAUAUCCCAAGUAAUAAGAACAUAACAUUAUUUUAAAGUAGUAGGCUCAAAAGUAAAUAUCAUUUUUAAAGGUAUAAUGUUUUAGGUUACAUGUGUUUGUGCAGUUUUGUUUGUAAUAAGUGAUUUCUCCUAAGCAUCAUAAUUAAAAUACCUUUUAGUGAAAGUGUAAUUGUAAUUUCAGAAUAAAGGCUUUUGUGUGCUUUUUCAGUGAAAAACCCGAAAGAAGGGAGUGAGUCCUUUACAGUUUAUUUUUUAAUACUAGCCAGGGUUGGACUUACUUUUUUCUUAUAACCUGUUUUACAUUAUACAUGCAUACUACAACUACGUUAAUGUGUACAUUAAAAGUAUAGUUAAGUGUUUGUUUCUGUUCUUACUUUUAGAUAGAUUCUUCUAAAUCAUAAACGGGCAUUUGUUUUCAUAAUAAAGGUGAAAUUCUGACUAUAUAUAUAUACAUAUAUAUAUAUUGGAGAUGUAAGUUUAAUACUUGGAGUUGUUUUUCCUAUUAAUUUCAUGUCACAUGUAAAUAAUUCUUUAAAAAUAACAUUUUUUACUUGAUAUCUGAUGUUCAAAGUAUCCUUAACAGCUAGUCAUAUUUGAAGAUGUUCGCGAUGCUGAAGAUGCUCUUUAUAACCUCAAUAGAAAAUGGGUAUGUGGCCGUCAAAUUGAAAUACAGUUUGCACAAGGUGAUCGAAAAACACCAGGCCAGAUGAAAUCAAAAGAACGUCACCCUUGUUCUCCAAGUGAUCAUAGGAGAUCAAGAAGCCCCAGCCAAAGGAGAACUCGAAGUAGAAGUUCUUCAUGGGGAAGAAAUAGGAGACGGUCUGAUAGCCUUAAAGAGUCUCGACACAGGCGAUUUUCUUAUAGCCAAUCUAAAUCUCGCUCCAAAUCACUACCACGGCGGUCUACCUCAGCAAGGCAGUCAAGAACUCCAAGAAGGAAUUCUGGUUCUAGAGGACGGUCAAGGUCCAAGUCCUUACCAAAAAGGUCCAAGUCAAUUGGAAAAUCACAAUCAAGUUCACCUCAAAAGCAGACUAGCUCAGGAACAAAAUCAAGAUCACAUGGAAGACAUUCUGACUCCAUAGCAAGAUCCCCCUGUAAAUCUCCCAAGGGGUAUACCAAUUCUGAAGUUAAAGCACAAACAGCAAAACACUCUCAUUUUCGAUCACAUUCCAGAUCUCGGAGUUAUCGUCAUAAAAACAGCUGGUGAACAGCCACAGAAGAGUGCUACAUAGUCUUGAAUGUGUUAUUAAACCUCUCAUUAUGUUAAAUAAAAAUUCUUCAAGGCUUAUAGAAAAUGUGAGUUACUUUGGGCAUGUGCAACAAAUAAAAUCUCUAGUUUUGGGGUAAUAAAGACUUGGUCUCCAUUGAAAGGGCCCAUACCACAAAUUAUGAUGUGUCUGAUAUGUCACCAGUUUAUGGACCGUUUUUUUGUUUACAUUGUGGCAGAAGGAUACUUUUCAAGGGAAUUGGGUAAAAUGAAACUAAUGUGGAAAAUCCUACUUGGAUAUGAAGUAUUAGUAAUAUUAAUGAUACCUUUUACAAAAAUAUUUUUUACUUUAAAGCACUUUUACUUUCAUGUAAAAAGUAAUUAUAACUGUAUAAUUACAUAGGGCAGACUUAAACUAUUUCAUACCUUGAUGACUCUCUUAUAUCUUCUGUUUAAACUUGGGCCAGUUCCUAGUGGAUAUUAGUUCAUAUUACAAAAUUCUGACAUUCCUAAAAGUAGAAUUUAUCUAGAGAUCAAGUGUUCAAAAAAUACAUUCUUUCCUGAGCUCAAAAAAAGCUUUUAUUUUUACUGUGUGGAACAGUAUAGAUAAAUUGACAUUAAGUUGCAUCCUGUACCGUGUUCAUUCACUUUCAGAAAUAGAAAAAUGUUUUAAAAAACACUGAGUUUUGAAUGGUUGGAGACUACUUCUCUAAAAAUUAUGUGCAGGACUCAUUAUCCAAAAAUACUCAUAUUAAGCCUUAUACAUUUGAAGAGUGGUACAUUUUGUAUAAAAAGCUUUUUUAACAUUAUUUCUACAUAUCUACUUUUCAUCCACUACUUAGUUUUUUCUUUUUGGAGUUCCAGCUCAAGACUUUAAAUUGUAUAGAGUAAGUCCUGUUAUUUUUGAAAGUGUUUAGUAUCUUGUAUUAAAGAAUUCAAGACUGCAUCCUCAAUAAGCUUUGUGGCAUUCAGAUUUACUUUACAUGCUCUUCAUUUUUAUAAACCAAAUAACUUUAUUGAUAUUGCUUUUGUAGUUGUUAAAACUGAGAAUUUCUUUAAAAAUGUGUAGUUUACGUUUUUCAGAGGGUUUUGGUAGUAUUUGUGAUAAAAUGGUUUUGCAUAUGAUUAUUAUAGGGGAUAUAUUUAUAGAGUUCUACUUGUGUACUUUGUUGAAGUAUAUUGAAAAUUAAAAGUUCUCAGCCCAUAUAGUUAAUAUUUGUGACUAGAGUGCUUAAGAAAAAAAAUCUGUCUUAUAUUUUUGGCAUAUAGGAGCCAGUGUUGCUUCUAUUUUUUUUUUUUUUAAUACUAAUUCCACUUUUUGUUGCAUUUUAGACCCUAUGUAAGAAACAGCUUUACAAAAUAAUUUAUAUGCUGGUAAUAUUUGGACAAGUACCAUAAAUUCAUGUAAACUGUACAGUACCUUCUGAAUACACUUUCUUUAAUCAUUAAUAGAAUUAACUUCAAAACUACAACUCUUUGAAGUGUUCAGCUGUAAUAAAACUUAGUCAUAAAAUUGUGUGGCACUGUUGAAAAUCUAAAGGAUAGUCCAAAGAAAGAACAGACAAAUAUUAAUAGUAAUGUUUUAUAUUUUCUAAAUAAAUGUUUGGGUUUAUCCACACAGUUACCUGAAAUACUGUUAUUUGAAAUACUAAGUAGGAAUUGAUUAUAGUGUCUAUACUUUGCAUUUGAUUAUAUCUUAGUAAAAAUUUAAUAUAGCAGUAUUUCUGAAGAUUUUUACCCUUUAAUUUACCUCUGAUUUGGUUUUCCAUUGUAAUCUUCAGGCUGCUUAGGAGGAUACUAUUUGAUUUGAUGGAAAAAUUGGAAUGAUAUUAGUUGAGAUUCUUUUGAACAUUUACUUGGCACUGCUUUGUAAAUUUUACAUUAUUUACUCAUCAUCUCAACAGCUCUAUGAGAUAAAUACCACUGCAGAUAAGGAAAGGGGAUGCAGAGAGGCUCAGUGAUACCCACUAGGUCACAUAGCACAUACUAUUAGACUUGGGAGUGGGCAGUGGCUGGGCUCCGGACUUGCCCCUCCCUGACUGUGAUGCUUUGACAGAUAUAUGCUAAACUGAGAUAAUGUUUAUAGGGAAAGGAGAGAAUAGAAUUAUAAAAAUAAAUGAUUAUAAGCUUUCAGUGUAAAUGGGUUCUGUGACUAAGUGGAAAUUGACAAUUGUGCUGAUUCCUUGAGAAAUUGUCUUCUGGGUACAUCUCUUCUAGGAUUCACUUUUGUUAUAGAAUUGUUUCUUGGACCAUUUAGGAGAGGAUACUUAGGAUAAGACUGUUACUAAAUAAAGCAAAUGUUUCACACA